ACCUCAGCCAGCGUCCUACACGGAUUAAAGAUGGCGCCCUCUCAUGCGCUGAGGUGCUGUAAGCGGGCUCUGAACUGGGUACCUGUCCUCUUUAUAAACCUGGUUGUUGGUUGGUCUUACUACGCGUACGUGGUGGAGCUCUGUGUCUAUACAAUCCCAAAUAAUGCAGAACGAAUCAGCUAUUUGGUCAUCUUUCACAUUUUCCUCGCCAUGUUUAUAUGGUCCUACUGGAAAACUAUUGGGUCCAGACCAGCCAGCCCCUCAAAAGCGUUUUGUCUGCCCCGAGUAGAGAAGGACCUGUUUGAGCGAGAGGAGCGAGCUGAAGCACAGCAAGAGAUUCUGAAGAAAGUGGCGAGGAAUUUACCCGUGUAUACACGCACGGCAGGAGGAGCCGUCCGAUACUGCGACCACUGCCAGAUAAUCAAACCUGACCGCUGCCAUCACUGCUCAACCUGCGAGAUGUGUGUGCUGAAAAUGGACCACCACUGCCCCUGGGUGAAUAACUGUGUUGGAUUCUCAAACUACAAGUACUUUGUCUUGUUCUUGGCCUACGCCUCACUCUACUGUGCGGUCAUUUGUGCCACAGUCAUCCAGUAUUUCAUCAAAUUCUGGACCAAACAACUGCCUGACACGCAUGCCAAAUUCCACAUCUUGUUUCUAUUUUUUGUGGCGGCCCUGUUCUUUAUCAGCAUCGUGUCACUUCUCAGUUACCAUCUGUGGCUUGUGGGAAAGAACAGGACCACUAUAGAGGCCUUCAGGGCUCCUGUCUUCACAAACGGUCCAGACAAGAGCGGGUUUUCUCUAGGCUUUAGCCGAAAUGUAGCUGAGGUGUUUGGAGACCAAGCAAAGUACUGGAUAUUUCCUGUUUUCUCAAGUCUGGGAGAUGGACAUUCCUAUGUUACCAGAUUGGUGCACAUAGAUCCUGAACAAGCAAACAGUGUCCUCCAGCAAAAUGGCAAAGUCCCUGCUGAUGGGGAGACCAACCCUUGUGUGCUUGGUAACAACAUACAACACACAGUGGACGACAGCAAAGGGAAAAUUGACGGAGGCCAGACGGUCUCUGUGACAAUGGAGAGCGAGCCGUAGCAGAUCACAGGCACAUGAGCAAAGGGCUCGUCAACUAUGAUGCCUUAAACCAGGAGCAUCAGCACCUCUACAGGAGCCGUCCUCCACCCUCAUCCUUCAUCUAGCGUGCUUUUAAACCAGCACCCCAACAAUACUGUUAUCAUGUCAUUAGACUGUACAGCGACCUCGUAGAUUGCACCAGUCUGAAGCACAGGAGAUUCACAGCUUUUGUCUUUGUUUCGAGCCAAAGACGUUCAAAUGUUAUUGCAUCUGUAAAAACUCUGGGACUGCUUUCCGCCCCACAAUGAGCCAAUGUAUGUCUGCAUGGUCUGUGUUUAUCUACACUGGUUACUCACAUUAUACAUUUCAAAUAGAGAAUCAUCCUUUAUCAGUAUUAAUCAAGCAUUAAUAACUAAGCCUGGUCAUGUUUGACGUAGAGCAGUGGGAAUCACUUAAGUGAUCACUAAAAUGGUGAGACAUUUCAACACUGUCAACAGUGUGCACAAUAUCUCCAAGCACAGUGCAAUUACUUGGUCUAAUUUAGUUUACAUGAUGAAAAUAUUGAAAGGUCUUUCUGUUUACACUUUUAAUAUAUUUAUUUUUUACAUUUCAGAUUUUAUACUAUGGUCAAACAUACCGUUGAUAUAAGCUUAAAAUGUAAGGACCAAAUCCAGUUUAACUACAGUUUAAAAUGGUUUAAUCUCAUUUUAAAUAAUUAUUUAGAACACAUAACCAGUUUCUCAUAUAAUGCCGUUAGUAUCAAUGAGAUUGCCAGUUAUCAUUGCACUAUAAACAUUUGUAAUUUAUUUGCUUUCAAGCUUUUAUAAAUUAAUUGCAUUGUUUUUCAGUAUGUUGAUUUUAUCGUUAUGGCUUAUUUGUUUUAUUUAUUUAGUUAUUUUUAUAGACGUCAUAUUUGUCCUCUUCAUUGAGUCCAUGAACUGUUUUCACUUUCCUGCUCAAUCCUUUGCUACCGUAUGUGUUUGUUUUAAAAUUAAUCUUGAGUGUUAAUGCCAAGGAAUCAAAUCUGUAUUGUUUGAUUUCUUUUUCUAGUUUGAUGAGAUUUAUGUGAAAGUUGGAAUGUAAGAGCACAAAAUGAAACCACAAUAAAACGAUUAAAA